AUGAUUAUAACAAGAGGAUCUGCUCCUGCCAUUAGUUGUGAAAACAAAAUUUAUGUGUUUGGAGGCUGUGGUGAGAAUAUUGGAAUGUCCCUUGAUACUGCUGAGGUCUAUGAUCGUCAAGAUCAAAAAUGGAUAAUGUUACCGCCUAUACCGCGUGCCCGUAGUGCACCUAUAUUGGUAAAAAUUAAGGAGAAAAUUGCAUUGAUUGGAGGAUACACACAUAAAGGUGUUCCUGUUCAAGAAGUAGAUGUGUUUGAUACAAACACCCAAGCUUGGGAACUUUUCCCACCUCUAAAAACAACAAAAACCAUGUAUCCUAUUGUUAUUGCUGUAGAAAAUAGUUUAUAUAUGUUUGGAGGCUCAAAUCAUAAAGGUGAUGCAGUAAAAGAUUGCUUUGUCUUGGAAAACUGUGAAGGGGACUGGAAAGAGUUGGCUCCAUUAAGUGUAUGCCGUUACGCUGGCAAAGCAUUCCAUACUAAUAACAAGAUAAUUGUUGUUGGAGGAAGGUCUGGCAAAGAGGCUGUUAGGUCCACAGAUAUUUACGAUAUUAAAAGUGCUUCAUGGAGUUUAAAAGGGGCAUCUAGAACAAUUCCAUCGAACCGUAUUUUUAGUAAUUCAAUUCAACACAAAGAUCACAUUUAUUUAUUAAAUGGCUUGGUACCUCCAGUACACUUUCAGACUGUAGCAGAAAAAUAUGAUCCUGAAAAAGAGAAAUGGGAAAAAAUGACACCAGCUCCGUUUGCACGGGCUGACACAUCCUUGGCAAUGAUCAAAGAUUUCAUUGUUGUAAUUGGUGGCAUGUGCGAACACGGUCCUAAUCGAGUUACUGAAGCCUAUGAUACCAAUACUGACACUUGGUUCACUUUGGCCCAAAUGCCCUCACCAAGGUUUUCCACUAGUGUGGUUGUAUUUGAUGAUAACACCCUGGUUUGUCUGGGUGGGAUUGGUUUAUGUGGAGCCACAGAUGAUGUAGAAGCACUAACCUUUGAAGACUAA